GACCCUCACUUCACUGUGUAACUUGGUCUCUUCGUACCCUGCACACCUACUUCCGCGUCCAUCCAUUCAUCUGUCGUUUCCGUCCUGCCGUCUUGGGUGUUUGUAACCUUCCUAACCUCUUGGUCCCAUCUAUAAACAACCAGGAGCACCUCGCACAUCCCCAGUCGCCACCAUGACUUUCGACAACAAGUACGACCAACACCUAGAAGAGGGAUUGCUGCCCGUUGCUGUCAACGAGAAGGGGACCACGACGACAUCGACACCAUCCAGGAAGACGACGCCGCCAAACAAAAUGACUGCUACACGCCGUGUUCUGCUCACCGUCUUGGUGUGCGGCUUGAUGACCCUCAGUCUCGCCUCGGCCAUUGGUCACGGGGCAAGACCUUGCACGAGAGAUCAUCAGGAACAGGUCCUGGUGGCAGAGGGCGAGGUCAAGGACGCAACCAAAGUGGAUCUCAUUCACAGGCUCCUCCACGCCUACUUCCCCGACCGCUACCAGGAUGGUGUCUAUGCCUCGGACAAGGAAGCCAUUGCUGCUUUCCAGGCGGACGACGCCGACCUGGCUUCUGCUCUCGGGCAGCUAGAGAAGCGUCAGGACAAUGGCACCUCGAGCGCUGCUCCGGCUGCUACUCCUACGCCAUCCGCCUCCGAUGCUGCCACGCCAUCCGCCUCGUCUGCCGCGCCGACCAGUGACACCCCGGCCCAGACCCCGACUCCGACCCCGACGCCGUCUACUCCGGCCACCACCUCCGCUGCUCCCCCGGCGUCCUCCUCCGCAGAGGUCCAGCAGUCCUCCAGCACGCCGCAACAGACUUCGGCAGCGCAGACCACCGCCCAGCAGUCAUCGCAGCAACCCCCGGCCUCAAACACCCCCACGACGCAACCGACCUCAGCAGCAGCAGCCCCUACUUCUGGCACCACCCGCCAAGGCACCACCACCACCACCCCUCGCCGGACCACCACUUCGUACAGCGAGGUCAAGUCCACCUUUACGUCGACCGCCUCCAACGGCGACGUUGUCCUCGUGACCGCCACCUCCUUUGUCGCCGUCGAUCCCGAACCGGCCGCCACCUCUGGGUCCGGUUCCGGCGGCAGCAGCGGCAGCGGCGGUCUGCAAAACGUCGCCGUCCCCAUCGGCCGCGUCUCCGUCCUUCCCAUUGGUCUUGCUGCCUUUGUCGUCGGCGCCAUGUUGUUGCUGUAAUUGUAGCAACACCAGUCGGACAGCGUUCAGCACCACUUGAACGUGCAGCGUUCGAUAUUCGUCCACGUUGACGAUUUUCUGUUUAAAUAUUUAAUCCAUUCCUUUUUUUUUUCAGGCAGCGGGUUGGUUGGGCGGCACACACAUAAACAUCAGCAUCACUUAC